CGGAUUGCGAUAACGUCUGUCGUUUAAAUCACCGUACACGAACGGCGUAAGACAGAGCUGCUGUGGGAAUUGAAAGAAAAUAAAACAAUUCCCUCAAAUUUCACGAGGUUGAUCCGUAAAAUGGCACUACCAGGAAGCUCCAAUGUUGAAAACCUGUCCCCUCAGGUCCUGCGGCAAGUUGCAAAAGAGGUCGCUGACCUUUGCUCUAAUCCUCCUGAGGGUGUUAAACUUCUUCCAAGUGAAGAAGACAUUACCGAUAUCCAGGCUUCUAUAGAAGGCCCUUCGGGCACACCGUAUGCAGGCGGGAUAUUCAGAGUGAAACUCGUCCUGGGCAAGGACUUUCCCAGGGUGCCCCCAAAGGGCUACUUCCUGACCAAAGUGUUUCACCCGAAUGUGGCCAGCAAUGGGGAGAUAUGUGUGAACACGCUGAAAAGAGACUGGAAGGCGGACAUGGGCAUCAAACACCUACUUCUAACAAUCAAAUGUUUGCUCAUCUACCCCAACCCGGAAUCGGCACUUAACGAGGAAGCUGGCAGGUUAUUAUUAGAACAGUACGACGACUACUUCAUGAGGGCAAAGAUGAUGACGGACAUCCACGCACAGUCGGCGCGAGGAGCCAAGGAAUCCAGGGAAAUCGACGAGAACUGUCCAUCCACAUCAGGCUCAAACACGAGCGGCCCCCACGCCAAGAAGCACGCCAGCGACAAGAAAGUGUUGGACAAAAAGAAACGAGACAAGAAGAGGGCCUUGAAGAGAUUAUGAGGAAGUGUUCUGGCUCUGGUGCCGUGAGAAAAUUGAUAAAUGACUAUUUGAUAAAUGAACAGCUCUGCCUCAAAUUUUUGACAAAAAAGACCUUUUAAGUCUUUUUUCUUUCUUUUUUUUCUGGCAGAAAAUCUUUGUAAACAGCUUUGCCUGAAAUUGUUGACAAUUCCUUUUCUUGUUGGUGGGAUGUCUGGUUUCUCUAAUGGACUUGAAGACGUAGAGUUUUAGGUGUUUGACAUCUGUUUCUUCAAAAUCUGUUGUGAAAGACAGGACUAGAGUUGUUGAUACAGCUAGCCUGCAGCUAGUGUGCUGGUGACGGUCGUUCAGUGUGGAGGAUUUCUUGCCUUUGAAAUAUAAUCCUAAUAGAAGGGUGUUUUUUUACCAGACUGGAAAUAAAGUUCCUUUCCGUCUUUGUUUUAGUAAACAUCUGGUCAGGCUAGCCAGAAUUUCUGCCUUUCACUGAACAACCGACAAUUUGACACUUUAGCAUCAGUGGAAUUGAGUAACGGGGAGUAACAUGUUUCUGUCUAGCAUGUAUUUUCACAAUGCUGCAAACACUACACAGUGUAUUUUCUGAAUCCUGCUGCAUCAAGUGGAGCUGAGAAGCAGGGCCAGGCACUGAUUUGAUUGCCAACUUGAUUUAAGUUUGGUAUCCACACGAAUGCUUGCAUGAGUUUUUUGCUCACAUUUUACAAACUCCACUUCCACUUUAUGUCAUCCCAGGCAAUGAACCACAUAACUUUAGCACAGGCGAAACAUUUGGCUACCUGGCAAAACAGUCACAUACAUAAGUCAUGUAUUACCUCCAACUGAUUGUCUGUCAAAUAUGCAAAUGCUGGUAGCAGCUCUCUGAUGAGUAUAUCCUCCACUUUUAAUCUAAACCCCAAAACACAUGGCCAAAUCAUUCUCUUGUUAUCUUUGGAUGUGAAGUGUGACUUCAGAAUACUGUUGUGUUCUCCUGAUCAUUCUUUCGCGGUGAGCCAUUUGAGAUUGGUGUGACUUUAUCACUUGAAUAUUUAUUUGAACAAUGGAUGCAUUAACUGUUUACUAUUUUUUUCAUUAUUUUACUAGUGUGUUCAUGGAAUUUUUCCCCCAGGUAUUUGUUUUCAAAUUUUUAUAUUUUGAACCACAAAGGAUUAGGCGUAAGCUUUUGUCGUUUAUUUGUGUAUUUUUGGGGGAUAAGUUGUCCUUUUGGUUUUUAUAAUAACUCGACCGUUAAGAUUUUCCUGUCAGCUCUUUGUAUGAGAAUUGCCAUUGUACAUUUUGUAUAUCAAAAUGUUGAAAUUAUGCCAGAUGUGUAAAAAAAAAAAACAAAACCUUCUACCUGUGGAAAUUGCUAAGCAGAUUUGUAAAUGCAAUAUUUGUAACUUUGUAAGAUAUGGUAAAAAGAACUGAGAGCUGAAGUAUUUCGA